AUGACAGCCGAUAUAUCCCAUGUAACUGUUUCUCUCCAGCUGUCGGGAAUUCCCAAAGAUUUUCUCCACGCUGAAUUCACGCGACUCAGCACUCCAGUUCCCAUUCACUGCAAUCCACAAUCUCAAUCUCAACAGAAAAGAUCUCAACAGAAAAGAGGCGGCGGAGAAGAAGAAGAAGAAGGAGAGGAAAAAACACAACGGUAUCAACCGCCAACAGUCGAUCAACUUCGAUUGGGUCUUGUGGGAAGUGCGGAGGAAAUGGGAGAGUGGGGCUACACAGCUCCAUUGCUGUUGGAACCUCUACACGAUGAUGAUGAUGAUAAGAAGAAGGAAGAAGAAGAAGAAGAAGAAGAAGAGGAGAGUGAUCAUAAUAAUAAUAAUAAUAAUAAUAAUAAUAAUAAGAGGAAGAAUGGUGUGAAAACGUCAUUUUGUUCUUUCAAGGCAUCUGUGCAGUUGCCGGUUUCUGUGCUGGAGGCAUCCUCAACUUCUCCGUUGUUGUUGUUGCGAUUCCGAGUGGUGAUUGUGGAUGAAGCACUACUGCGGGCUGCGGGGGAUCGACUGGUCACUCCGGGUGCGGCCAUCGUGGCUGUGGAGAAUGCCCACUGGCAGCCAGAUGCCGUUUCUCUCAUCCCUGAUAUAGAUAGUGAAUAUGACAAUAAUAAUAAUAAUAAUAAUAAUAAUAAUAAUAAUAAUAAUAAUAAUGAUAAUGACAAUAAGAAUAAUGAUAAUGAUAAUGACAAUAAGAAUAAUAAUAAGAAGAAGAGGAAACAUUUCUCUGCGUAUGUGGAUUUCCGUGAUCGUGUGAUGCACUUUGUGCGUGCCUCAGAGCAAUUUCCAUUUCUCUCUCAAUUAUAUAAAAAGGAAUCCACGCAGGAGGAUUCAAAGACUGGACCACUGCUCUCAUUAACGCUUUAUGCAAAUGAUCCUUCUGUACGAUAUGAACGGGAUAUGUGGCUGCAGAGUUUACCGCCUCAUUACAGAGAUGCCGUGCUUUAUCUACAACGUCAUGGUAUGAACCAUACGAAUUCUAAUGAUAGUGAUAAUAAUAACAAUAAUAAUAAUAAUAAUAAUAAUAAUAAUAAUAAUAAUAAUAAUAAUAAUAAUAAUCAUAAUAAUAAUGAGGAUGAUGAUAAUGAUAAGGCGCCGUUACUUCCAACUUCUCUUAUUGAGAUUCAAGAUAUUUAUCCCGUGCGGAGUGAGGGGUGUUGUUGGUGUGAACGACAUUUACCCACACCUGCCCCAAUGGAGCGGCAAAUGAAUGUCGUUAAAGAAUCCACAACAAGACAUAAAACCCGUAAAGGUGCACGUAAACAUCAAACUGAAAUGAUGGAGAAGGGAAAUGAAAAGAAGAAAGUGAUUGGAAGUUACUCUCCCUGUUCUAUUGGAUCUACCGAUAAUAAUAAUAAUAAUAACAACAGUCUCUCCGGGUCAUCACAGAAAAAGGUGAUGAAAGUAUCAGAAUCUGAACAAGAUCCACGAGGGAACUCCUUUAUUGGAAGUGAAAACACAUCUUAUAUUUCUGAUGAGACUGUUCAUGCAGCCGUUAGGCAUCGUGGAUGGUGUGUGGAGCCUCCACAUAAAAUAGAUCCAUUACGUCCCUUUACAAGAGGAGAUUUACAAUAUACAAUGCGUGUUUGGCAUACCACUGUGAAUGUUGCCCGAUUGGAAAAUUGUGGAUUACAACUGGAAGCUAUGAUGCCACUGCCAAUUUAUAAUAAUAAUAAUAAUAAUAAUAAUAAUAAUAAUAAUAAUAAUAAUAAUAAUAAUGGUGUAGAUGAUGUCGAGGAGUCCAGUAAAGCUACCAUCUCAGAUUAUGUAUGCCCCACAUCAACAACAACUACUACAACUACUAUAGAUGAAGAAAUAAGAGUUACAGGUACAGAAAGUAAUCUUUACAAUAGCCGCAGAAAUAGUAUGAGUAGUAAUACCAGCGGUCAUGUUAUUGGUGUACGUUGGGUUAAGGGAGUUGCGGUCUUACAACCUCCUCUCUUUAAACAACAUACAAGUGGAACACUGGCUAUUCCUGUUUGUUUUAUGGAUAUCACUUCCGAUGGAUCCAUAAGAACUUAUUGGCAAACUCUUUAUAUGCAGUAUUUAUUUAUUUUCCCUUUUCCACAUCCAGAACGGAAUAAUCUGGAGAUUGUACGUUCUCUCGCCUCUCUUGGACGACUGGCAACCAAAAAACCAGUUGGACAUCGUGGAUUAGGGAAAACAUAUACACGAAGUACGAUGAGUGAAACUCCAGAGGAAAAUAUGGAAUCUUCUGUUCAGGCAGCGGCAGCAGCGGCGGUGGUAGCCGCAGCCGCAGGUAUUCCACCUAAACCCCAUCGUUUAAUGGUGAAAUUGGCUGAGAAUAGUUUGGAAUCAUUAAAUGCCGCCCAUCGCCGUGGAUGUGAUAUGGUGGAGUUUGAUGUGAUGCUCACACGUGAUCGUAUUCCCGUUAUUUUUCAUGAUCCGUUAAUUCAAUUGCAGGCACGAAAGAAACGUGGGGCAGGUACUCGUAAUGGUCGUGUGGAAUUACAAGAAUUAAAUCAAACAGUAACUGGUGUGAAUGAUAUGAAUAAUAAUCAUUCAUCAACUAAUGGUAAUAAUAAUAAUAAUAAUAAUAAUAAUAAUAAUAAUAAUAAUAAUAAUAAUAAUAAUACUGAAAUGACUGCAGAUACUUCUAAUCCAUUGGCUUUACAACUCUCCGAUAAUCAUCAUCAUCAUCGUCCAUGUACAUAUACAGGUCCAAGCUUUGCUUCUGUUCCUAUUGCAAUGCAUCAAUUAACAAAACGACAAUUGGAUGUAGUAACAACAGAAACCUUUACAUAUACAAAGGCUACCAAUACAUUAAGAAAUUUAAUUUUACGUCAUUGGAAUCAAAUUCUUUGUACACAUCGCAAUCGAUUGGAGAAUCAAUCCAAUACAGAAGAGAAUAAAGAUAAGGAUAAGGGUUUGGGAGGAGGAGUAGGCGUAGGUAGAUUAUGUGGAUGUAUCUCUUCUGAGUUUAAUUCCCCUUUUAAUGGGUAUUUACAAGAUGGAAAUAUGGAAGAAUAUAAAAAACUCUACCGCAGUCAACAACGUAUGCUUGCCCAACAAGAGGAUGUCACUAAUCGCAUCUGUACAUUAAAAGAAUUAUUUGAAGGAACACCACCAUCAUUACGGUUUGAUUUGGAAGUAAAAUUUCCUUUUCAACCUAUUGGAGAUGCGAAUUUAUAUCAACAAAUUGAUGCCUUUGAGAUCAAUGCCUUUGUGGAUGAUAUUUUACGUGUUGUCUUUGCCUUCGCAGAUCAACGACAAUGUGUAAAAGAUGCCGAUGGCAGUGGAAAGAUGCGACCACGAGAUGUAAUCUUCAGUAGUUUUGAACCAGAUAUUUGUUUGGCUUUAAAAAUGAAACAAAGUCGCUUUGAUGUUGUUUUUCUCUGCGCAACGGAAUUAUAUGAUGAUUUUAAAGAUUAUCGCUGCUUUGGAUUGGUGGAAGGGGCUUUGCAGUUUUCUGUGUUUAUGCAUUUAUCCGGGGUUUCUAUUCUCGCCUCUUCCUUGUGUACGGAGGAACAGAAGAAUUUUCCCAGUAAUCACAGUAUGCGGCGUUUACAGCAUCAACCAGCAUCUCUACAACUCCCUAUGGAUACUACUACUACUACUAAUCAUAAUAAUAAUAAUAAUAAUAAUAAUAAUAAUAGUAAUAAUAAUAAUAAUCAUAAUCAUACUGUUGCUAAAGGAUCAUCAUCAACAACAACAACAACAACAACAAGUGGUUCUUCUAAUAGUAAUAGUAAACGUGAGGCUCAAUGGGCGUUAUUUGAUUAUUCACGUGGUAAAUCCAUUGCUGAUUACGCCCAUGCUCACGGUCAACUUGUAUGGACGUGGGGAGAACCGAAUAAUGAUGAACAGUUCACAUAUGUGCAGUCGCAGUUGAUGAUGAUUGAUGCUGUAAUUACAGACAAUGUGCCCUUGUGGCCAUCGGAUAAAGAAGAAGAAGAAGAAGAAGAGGAAGCGGUACAACAAUCUGCCUGCACGUGA